AUGGAAGCUUACAUACCUACUGUCACAACACAAAAUAGAUUUGGCAUUUUUGCAGAAUGUCUACUGAACGACACAGACGAAGUAAAUAAUAAAGACGUAGAGACAUAAACACACUUAGCAUCUCCGCUGGCCAAAGCAAAAUUAAACCAUCCCCAAUAUAUAUACAUGGUAAGAUAAAUUACCAGAGGCUACUCGAAGUCCUAAAACAAAAAAACAACAAUAGAUUUUACGCCAAAUACACUUCAGAAAAAUUAAAAGUUAUGUUUCAAAAUAUAAUUGAUUUCAACCAAUUCAAAGAGCACAUACAUAAUGUCGCAAAGAAAACAUACACAAUCAGCACUGAGAAAAUCCUAUCGGAACUAACUCCUCUAAACUGCACCUUUGAAAUACCUAUCCAUACUAAAUAUCCCAUAUAUCGAGUAACCUUCGCACCAGGAAUGACCCUAGCGAAAGUCAGCCAGAUAAGAUUUAUUGAAAGUAUACUGGGAAAUGUUCGAAUCCAAAAAACCAACCAUACAAUGUUACCGCUAUCAGACACACGGACACUUAUCCACAAAUUGUAA